AUGGUCUUUUAUCUAUCUAUCUAUCUAUCUAUCUAUCUAUCUAUCUAUCUUAGUCUGUUCAUAUCUAUCUGUAACAGAUUGUCUUUUAUCUAUCUAUCUAUCUAUCUAUCUAUCUAUCUAUCUAUCUAUCUUAGUCUGUUCAUAUCUAUCUGUAACAGAUCGUCUUUUAUCUAUCUAUCUAUAUAUCUAUCUAUCUUAGUCUGUUCAUAUCUAUCUAUAACAGCUGGUCUUUUAUCUAUCUAUCUAUCUAUCUAUCUAUCUAUCUAUCUAUCUAUCUAUCUAUCUUAUUCUAUUGUCUUUUAUCUGUUAUCUAUCUAUCUAUCUAUCUUUAACUGUAACAGAUUGUCUUUUAUCUAUCUAUCUAUCUAUCUAUCUAUCUAUCUAUCUAUCUAUUUAUCUUAUCUAUCUAUCUAUCUAUCAGAUCGUCUUUUAUCUAUCUAUCUAUCUAUCUAUCUAUCUAUCUAUCAUCUAUGGUCUUUUCAUCUAUCUAUAACUAUCUUUUAUCUAUCUAUCUAUCUAUCUAUCUAUCUAUCUAUCUAUCUAUCUAUCUUAGUCUGUUCAUAUCUAUCUGUAACAGAUCGUCUUUUAUCUAUCUAUCUAUCUAUCUAUCUAUCUAUCUAUCUAUCUAUCUUAGUCUGUUCAUAUCUAUCUAUAACAGCUGGUCUUUUAUCUAUCUAUCUAUCUAUCUAUCUAUCUAUUCGAAUCCUUAUUUAUUUAUUAUACGGGAAUAUCUCUCUCUAUUUAACUUUAUAUCUAACACCUUUUCUCUCUUUCUCUCAGUCUGUCUGUCUGUAUCUAUCUAUCUAUCUAUCUAUCUAUCUAUCUAUCUAUCUAUCUAUCUAUCUAUCCACAUCAAUGAACAUUCAUAAUGGACAAAAGGCAUUCACUUGUGCUCAACUAAAUAUUUCGCACGGAAUAGAUGUAUAUCUGUCUAUCUAUCUCGUCAAUUCAUACUUCUAUCUAUCUAUCUAUCUAUAG